AUGACGGCGAGUUCGGACGAAGGCGAGAUCGUCGAGAAUUGCGCAGAAGAUUUGAAGGCAACUUCACUGCAGCACACUGGAGGAAGCAGUGUUGACCGUCAAAACAGACAAAAAGAUAGACUUUCGACUCCGGACCACGACACGGCCUCUAGAUAUAGCAACGGUUCACGACGAAGUAUUUCACCCCGUGGUUACAAGCGACCGCACGACGACAGAGGUAGAGACAGAGAUUAUCACAACCCCCGAUCUCGCGACCAAGACCAUCGAAACUCUCGCCACAACUACGAGGACCAUAGACGCGAUGAUCCUCGCAAGUCUCGUGGACAAUACGAUGACGUCGACCGACCUGCACCACGCACUUCCAACUAUGGCUACGCUGGCCGCGACCGAGACAACCAUCGCGAUGGAGACCGAGAUCGGUACUCCAACAAACGACCUCGAAACAGGAGUCGCUCUCCUCAGAGGUCCCGACGCGCAGAUAGGGGCAGAUUUGAUCGAUUUGUAAAAGAGGGCCAGUACGAUCAUCGCGACGAUGAACCGAGAGGACUCAAGUACGACGAUAGCUCGCGGGAUGGUGAUUCAAUGUCCAAGAGGACGACAGUAGGAGAGGCUUCACGCGCCCGAGGACAUGAUGCUAAACCUGAACAAGGCCUUACCAAUGGACAUGGCCCCUCCAAGACUUCUCAGCGUCAACCUGAACGAAAGCCAGAGCCUGAACCUGAGCCCGAUUAUGAAGAGCCUGAGCCUAUUGACGAAGAAGCUGAGAUCGAACGACGCCGCAAGCGACGUGAGGAGAUCCUGGCCAAGUCCAGUUCGGCAACUCCUCUCCUGCUCCAUGCUGUAGGAGCUGCAGCACGCGCUGCAUCCCCUGCUUCCACCCUCCCCGACACGCCCGCAAAGACUCGAUCCGAGGUUGAGAGCCCUCGUACCCCUCGAUCAGCUGACUACGACCCCACUGGGGACAUGAAGGAGGAUGAACGACGAGAUGAACUUCGACAUGGACAUGUCGUACUUCAUGGUGAGCAGCAUCCCAUCGCAACAGAACCACAGCCUCAGGGAAAAGACCAAGAGAAGCCGGCUGAAAACGCCGAUGGCGAAGAUGACGACGACGACUUUGACAUGUUUGCCGACGAUUUCGAUGAGGAGAAGUAUGCUACGAAGCCUGUCGAGCCUGUGGCGCCCAUCGACGGCGACGGCAAAGCGCCCGAUAUGCCAACUAUCAAGGGGGGUAUUCUUGAAGGCGACGACAAGGAUGGCUACUACAAGAUCCGUAUUGGCGAGGUCCUGAACGGUCGAUAUCAGAUCCAAGCAGCACUUGGACGGGGUAUGUUCUCAGGCGUCGCACGUGCCGUCGACAUAACCACAAAGCAGAUCGUUGCCAUCAAAAUGAUGCGAAACAACGACGCCCUCAGGAAGGGAGGCUACACCGAGAUUGCCAUCCUGGAGAAGCUUAACGAGGCUGAUCCUGAGGGUCGUAAACACAUCAUCAAGUUUGAACACUCGUUUGACUACAAGGGUCAUCUAUGCAUGGUAUUCGAGAACUUGAGUAUGAACCUGCGAGAAGUCCUCAAGAAGUUUGGCAACAAUGUGGGCAUUAACCUCGGAGCGACACGAGCGUAUGCAUACCAGAUCUUUGUCGCUUUGGCACAUAUGCGAAAGUGCAGCAUCAUCCACGCUGAUCUCAAACCUGACAACAUUUUGAUUUGUGAUUUAGGUACAGCCAUCGACAAGACCGAUGCGGCGACUGCGCAUAUGGACGUUACCCCAUACCUCGUCAGUCGAUUUUACCGAGCGCCGGAGAUUAUCUUGGGUAUUCCUUACGACUACGCGGUUGACAUGUGGUCCAUCGGCUGCACUCUAUACGAGAUGUACACCGGCAAGAUCCUCUUUGCUGGGGACAGUAACAACCAGAUGCUUAAGGCCAUUAUGGAGAUCAGAGGAAGGUUUACACCGAAGUUGUUUAAGCGAGGACAAUUGGCUCCCAUUCAUUUCGACGACAAGGGCCAAUUCGUCAGCGUCGAACGAGACAAGGUUUUGGACAAGACUACCAUCAAAACCUUGGCUGUUGUGAAGCCAACGCGUGACUUGAGGACAAGACUCAUGGCUGCGUCGGCAGGCAUGAACGAUGCGGAAACGAAGGACCUGAACCACUUCAUUGAUCUCCUUGAGCACUGUCUUGCGCUCAACCCAGACAAGAGAAUCACGCCGGCUGAUGCGCUGCGCCAUCCCUUCUUUGCGUUGAAGGCGGGGCCUAUACGUCGCUGA